CUUAUUAAUUCGUCGGUUCAUUCCAUCUGAAAGUUAUAUAUUACUAAUAUUUUACGUUAUACUAUACUAUAAACUAAUACAAACUCAACCUGGUUGUUUUGGCCGGUGUUUUUGAGAUGGAAACAAGAAAAGUCUCCGGCGAAUAUGAAGUGUCGGAGAUUCUCGGACGAGGCGGAUUCUCCGUCGUAAGAAAAGGAAUCAGAAAGUGCACCUCUAGUGGAGAUAAAACCGAGGUGGCUAUCAAAACACUCAAAAGAUUAGCUUCAACCGCCGCCGCCGGCAAGUCUCCGACGUUGAAGCAGGUCUCCAUAUCUGACGCCCUUCUGACCAACGAGAUUCUAGUAAUGAGAAAGAUUGUAGAGCAAGUUUCACCUCAUCCUAAUGUCAUUGACCUAUAUGACGUGUACGAAGAUACAAACGGGGUCCACCUGGUGCUUGAGCUUUGCUGCGGUGGCGAGCUGUUUGACCGGAUUGUGGCUCGGGACCGGUAUACGGAGCGGGAAGCUGCGGCGGUGGUCAGGCAGAUUGCACAGGGAUUGGAGGCUCUUCAUAAUGCUGAUAUAGUCCACAGGGAUUUGAAGCCGGAGAAUUGUCUUUUCUUGAAUGUUGAGGAUGAUUCUAGUUUGAAGAUCAUGGACUUUGGAUUGAGCUCUGUGGAGGAUUAUACCGAUCCGGUCGUCGGAUUGUUCGGUUCGAUUGAUUAUGUUUCGCCGGAGGCUCUUUCGCAGGGGAAAAUCAGUUGUAAAACUGAUAUGUGGUCUUUGGGAGUCAUCCUGUAUAUCCUGCUCUCAGGUCAUCCGCCGUUCAUUGCUCAGUCGAAUCGGCAGAAGCAGCAGAUGAUAAUGGCAGGUGAGUUUAGUUUCUAUGACAAGACAUGGAAGAACAUAACUUCUUCAGCAAAGCAAUUGAUUACUGAUCUCCUACAAGUUGAUCCUCAAAGAAGACCCACUGCUCAACAUGUUCUGAAUCAUCCAUGGGUUAUAGGUGAGUCAGCCAAAGAGGAACAAAUGGACCCUGAGAUUAUAACCAGGCUGCAAAAGUUUAACGCCCGUGGGAAACUCCGUGCUGCCGCCAUAGCUAGCGUGUGGAGCAGCACUAUUUUUUUGAGAACAAAGAAGCUCAGAUCCUUACUAGCUUCGCAUGACCUUAAACAAGAUGAAAUUCAGAAUCUCAGACAACACUUUACAAAGCUAUGUGCAAAAGGUGAUAAUGCUACCCUACCCGAAUUCGAGGAGGUGCUCAAGGCGAUGAACAUGACAUCACUAGUCCCUCUAGCGCCUCGUGUGUUUGAUUUAUUUGACAACAAUCGCGAUGGAACAAUUGACAUGAGAGAGAUACUAUGCGGAUUCUCCAGUCUAAGGAACUCUCAAGGAGACGACGCCCUUCAUUUAUGCUUCCAGAUGUAUGAUACAGACAGAUCAGGAUGUAUCACAAAGGAAGAAGUAGCAUCAUUACUCAGAGCUUUGCCGGAGGACUGCCUCCCUGCGGACAUUACAGAAGCUGGAAAACUUGAUGAAAUAUUUGAUCGGAUGGAUGCUAACAGCGACGGAAAAGUCACCUUUGAAGAGUUUAAAGAUGCAAUGCAGAGAGACAGCUCGCUACAGGAUGCACUCCUCUCUUCGCUUCGCCACCAAUAACGAGUGUAAGGUGGCAAGUAUUCCAGGAAUAUUCAAUCGAUAAGGUGCAAUACAAAAACAGAAUUUUAUCAA